AUGGCCCAGCUCCUGGCCCCACUGCACAGGGCCAAAGGGGCCAUCCUGGAGGCGCUGGAACCCUUCUACCUCUCCUUCCUGGACCUGCUGGAGUUCAGGGACCACGUCUAUGAGCUCCUCAACACCAUCGAUGCCAACCAAUGCUUCUUCGACAUCCACGUGAACCAUGAGCUCACCAAGGCCUACCUGGAGCUGGUGGUCACCUUCGUGUCGGCGCUGGUGCUGCUGGCGCGCGUCGAGGAGCGGCGCAUCCUCAUCGGGCUCUACCAGUGCGCCCGGGAGCUGAGCACCGGGAGCGGCGAUCCCGCCUUCCCCCGCGUGGCGCAGCUGGUGCUGGAUUACGAGCACCCCCUCAAGAAGCUGAUGGAGGAUUUCGCGCCCCACACCAAGGCGCUGAGCGGGGCCCUGCGCUCCCUGCACCCCCUGUUCCUGCGGCGGAGCCAGGACGCGGAGCGCUGGAGGGGGGAGCGGGACCUGAGCCUGCUCAGCGCCCCCGCGGCCCUGCUGAGCCCCUGCGCCUCGGACAGCAUGCCCUGUGAGUACCUGUCCCUGGAGGUGAUGGAGCGCUGGAUCCUCCUGGGGUUCCUGCUGUGCCCCUGCGCGCUGGGCUCGGCGGCCCCGUGCCUGCAGCUCUGGCGCCGGGCGCUGCGGGGCUCGCUGCGGGUCUCGCUGCUGCGGGAGGAGGCGCUGGAGGUGCACGGGGCCGCCGAGGAGCUGCUGGGGGGCGUCCGCGGGUGCGGGAAGCGCGUGGCCGAUGUCAAGGAGUGCCGGGACUACGCGGUGGCUCACAGCGGGUCCCUGCACCGCGGGCGGAGGCGGUUCCUGUGCGGGGCCCUGCGGGAGCUGGAGGCGGCGCUGAGCCAGGAACCAGCGGUGCUGGGACCCAAG